AUGUCUCCACUUCUGAAAAGCAUCAUUGACAUCACUGAAACUUUCAAUCAAUAUGCCUCCCAUGAUUGUGAUGGGGCAGCACUAAAGAAGAAAGACCUGAAGGCCCUCCUUGACAGGGAAUUUGGAGAUCUCCUUCAGAGACCACAUGACCCUGAGACGGUAGAUGUGAUGCUGGAACUUCUGGAUCGCGACUCUGAUGGGCAGGUGGAGUUCGAUGAAUUCAUUCUACUUAUUUCCAAGUUGGCCCAAGCGGCUUAUAACGCGCUCGGCGAAGCCUCACAGCUGGAGGAAGAAAAGCGUGCCCAAGGUGAGGGCAACGGGAGCCUGCUAGAAAAUCGCAGGCAAGAAGAUCAAAGGAGAUUCGAGCUGCGGGACAGACAAUUCGAAGAACCUGAGCUACGACACAGACAAGAGAAGCAGGAACAGGAGAGGGAGCUUGCCAAGGAAGAGGCGCAGAGGCAGAAGCAAGAGCGACUGGAGCAGCAGCUGCAGAGGCAGGAACUGGAAGAGCGCCGCGCAGAGGAAGAGCAGCUGCGGAGGCGCCAGGAUCGCGACGCUGAGGAGUUCCUGGAGAGGGAGCAACAGCAGAGAGAGAGACGUGAGCGGCGCGAAGACGAGCAGCAGCUGCGAAGGCGCGACCUGCGCGAGAGGGAGGAGCAGCAGGAGCUGAGGAGGGAGCGCCGGGAGGAGCGCCUAGAGCAGUACGAGAGGGAGCUCCAAGAGGAAGAGCAGCUCCCCAGGCAGAGACGCCGGCGCGAGGAACCGCGGGAGCAACAGCGGAGGCGCGAGCUGGAGGAGCGCGAGCUGGAGGAGAGACGCGAGCAGCAGCUGAGGCGCGAGCGGGACGAGAAGAGAUUUGAGCAGGAGGAGAGACGCGAGCAGCAGCUGAGGCGCGAGCGGGACGAGAAGAGAUUUGAGCAGGAGGAGAGACGCGAGCAGCAGCUGAGGCGCGAGCUGGCGGAGCGGGAACUGGCUGAGGAGGAGCAGGAACAGGUCCGGGAGCUGGGCGAGAGGCAGACCCGAAGGUGGCAGCGGCAGCUAGAAAGUGAGGCUUACGCACGUCAAAGCAAAGUCUACUCGAGGCCCCUCAGGCAGGAAGAGCAGAGGCGCCGCCUGGACCAGGAGAAGAGGCGACUUCGGGAACGUGAGCAGGAGCAAGAACAACAGGCUCGCCGGCAGGAGGAGGAGGAAGAGCAGCGGCUAGAGCAAGAAGCGAGCAGGAGGCGCCGGGAAAGGCAGCUGAGGGCGGAGGAGCGCCAGGAGCGGGCACAGCGGUUCCGCGAGGAGGAAGAGCAGCGCCGCCGGCGGCGCGAGAGAGCGCAGGAGCUGCAGAACCUGGAGGAGGAGGAGGAGGAGGAGCUGUCGCAGCGACGGGAUCGUGCCCGACAGCUCCAGGAGGAGGACAGCUUGCAGGAGGAUCUGGAGAGGAGGCGACGCCAACAGGAGCAGCGCCCUGGCCAGAAAUGGAGGUGGCAACUAGAGGAAGAAAGCCAGAGGCGCCGGCAAACACUGUAUGCCAAGCCAGGCCGGGUGCAGCAGCUGAGCGAGGAAGAGGAACUGCAAAGGGAGAAGAGCCGCCAGCAGCGGGAGAGAGAAUAUCAAGAGGAAGAGCAGCUGCAGCGAGACGAACGCAAGCGACAGCGCCAGGAAGGCGACAGACAAUACCGCGAGGAGGGGCAGCUGCGUGACAGAAAAUUCCGCGAGGAGGAACUGCUCCGCGAAGAAAGGAGGGAAGAACAACUGCGCCGCCAAGUGCGUGACAGAAAGUUCCGCGAGGAAGAAAAGCAGCUGCGCCGCGAGGAGCUCGAGCAGCAGCUUCGCCAGGAACGUGACAGAAAAUCCCGCUUAGAAGAACAGAUCCGCCAGGAGAAGGAGGAGGAACAACUGCGCCGCCAGGAGCGCAAUCGGAAAUUCCGUGAUGAGACGGAGGAAGAGCAGCUGCCGCGCCGGGAAGAGCAACAGCUCCGUCGGGAACGCGACAGAAAAUUCCGUGAGGAGGAACAGCUUCGUCAGGAGAGGGAGGAACAGCAGUUGCGCCGCCGGGAGCGCGACAGGAAAUUCCGUGAGGAAGAGCAGCUGCCGCGUGGAGAGGAGCAACAGCUCCGUCGGGAGCGGGACAGAAAGUUCCGUGAGGAGGAACAGCUUAGGCAGGAGAGGGAGGAAGAGCAACUGCUGCGCCGGGAAGAGCAACAGCUCCGUCGCCAGGAGCGAGACAGAAGAUUCCGUGAGGAGGAACAGCUUCGUCAGGAGAGGGAGGAAGAGCAACUGCGCCGCCAGCAGCGCGACAGGAAAUUCCGUGAGGAAGAGCAGCUGCCGCGUCGAGAGGAGCAACAGCUCCGUCGGGAGCGGGACAGAAAGCUCCGUGAGGAGAAGCUCCGUCUGGAAAGAGAAGAGGAGCAGCUGCGCCGCCAGGAGCGGGACAGGAAAUUCCGUGAGGAGGAACAGCUCAGGCAGGAGAGGGAGGAAGAGCAGCUGCGCCACCAGGAGCGCGACAGAAGAUUCCGGGAGGAGGAAGAGCUCCUGCGCCAGGAAGAGCAACAGCUCCGUCAGAAGAGAGAGGAGGAGCAGCUGCGCCGCCAGGAGCGAGACAGGAAAUUCCGUGAGGAAGAGCAGCUGCUGCGUCUUGAAGAGCAACAGCUUCAGCGUGAGAGGGAGGAGGAGCAGCUGCUCCGUCAGGAGCGUGACAGGAAAUUCCGUGAGGAAGAACAACUGCUGCGCCGCGAGGAGCAGCAGCUUCGUCAGGAGAGGGAGGAGGAACCGCUGCGGCGCCGCGAGGAGCAACAGCUUCGCUGGGAGCGUGACAGGAAAUUCCGUGAGGAGGAAAAGUUGCGUCUGGAAAGAGAGGAAGAGCAGCUGCUCCGUCAGGAACGAGACAGGAAGUUCCGUGAGGAAGAGCAGCUGCUCCGUCAGGAGCGAGACAGGAAGUUCCGUGAGGAAGAGCAGCUGCUGCGUCGUCGUGAAGAGCAAGAGCUUCGACGUGAGAGGGAGGAAGAGCAGCUGCUGCGCCGGGAAGAGCAACAGCUCCGUCAGGAGCGUGACAGGAAAUUCCGUGAGGAGGAAGAGCUCAGGCAAGAGAGGGAAGAAGAACAGCUGCGCCGUCAGGAACGCGACAGGAAAUUCCGUGAGGAGGAAGAGCUCCUGCGCCGCGAGGAGCAACAGCUCCGUCAGGAGAGAGAGGAAGAGCAGCUGCGCCGUCAGGAACGCGACAGAAGAUUCCGUGAGGAAGAGCAGCUGCUGCGCCAGGAAGAGCAACAGCUUCGACAGGAGCGAGACAGAAAACUCCGUGAGGAGGAACGACUGGUGCGCACCGAGGAGCAACAACUCCGUCGGGAAAGGGAGGAAGAGCAGCUGCGUCGUCAGGAGAGUGAGAGAAAAUUCCGUGAGGAGAAACUCCGUCGGGAAAGGGAGGAAGAGCAGUUGCGCCGCCAGGAGCGCGACAGGAAAUUCCGUGAGGAAGAGCAGCUGUUGCGCCGGGAGGAACAACAGCUGCAUCGGGAAAGGGAGGAAGAGCAGUUGCGCCGUCAACGGAGUGCUAGAAAAUUCCGUGAGGAGGAACAGCUUAGGCAGGAGAGGGAGGAAGAGCAACAGCUUCGUCGGGAACGUGACAGAAAAUUCCGGGAGGAGGAGAAACUCCGUCUGGACAGAGAGGAAGAGCAGCUGCUGCGUCGCGAGGAGCCACAGCUUCGUCGGGAACGUGACAGAAAAUUCCGGGAGGAGGAACAACUUCGACAAGAGAGAGAGAGAGAGCAGCUGCGCCGCCAGCAGCGUGACAGAAAAUUCCGCGAGGAAGAGGAGCAGCUGCUAUUUGAGGAGCAAGAAGAGCAGAGGUUCAGGCAGGAGCGAGACCGGCAGUACCCAUCAGAGGAGCAGUUUGCCAGAGAGGAAACGAGCCGCCGUCUGGAAAGAGAGCUGCGGCAAGAAGAAGUGCAGAGACGCCGCCAGGAACGGGAGAGGAAAUUCCGGGAAGAGCAGCUCCGCCGCCAGCAGGAAGAAGAGAGGCGCCGCCAAGUCCGGGAAAGACAAGUUCUGGAGCCUGGCACGCGUCAGUUUGCCAGUGCCCCGGUGCGUUCCAGCCCUCUCUAUGAGUACAUCCAAGAGCAGAGAUCUCAGUACCGCCCCUAGAUGUUGCCACUGUCCUGACACCUGCCAAUGCCUCAAGCAAAGGAAAAUGGGAAGCACUGUGUACCGAGUGAUAACUCUAAUGUUUCUGGUUGUGGGAAAAUUCUCUGAUGUUAGAAUGUGUCUUUUCCAAAAUCUUUACACCCUUUUCAUGUGUUUUGUAUGUCUUCCUGUUAGUCUUUGUCAAGUAGUUAUUGCAGUAUAUUUUUGCUCUUUGGUGCAGAAGUGGAGAGCACUUAUUUUAAACAAAAGUCAUUUAAUUUGCUUAAGGAGUUUUGUUUGAGGAGCAUGAUAAUUUAUUGCU